AUGAUCUAUAUUGUAGAAGCUUUAUUGGUACAAGGAAAAGUGCAGUAUGGAUGGGCGGAAUUGUCAAAUCUCGAUGUGCUUUGCGAAGGAAGUCAUUUAUUAAGAAAGUCAUCUGGGCAGAAGGAAGAAGCCCCGGUAACACCAGUGGCAACAAUCACCGGAGGUGGAGCAUCUGCUCCACUUCAAUUUUACACCGUAAGAGCACCACGCCCCGCUAUAAUAAGGCAAGACAUCAGUGUUGAAAGUAAACUGUCAAGAUGGGGACCAACUGAAAUCUGCAGGAAUUCAUUAAGGGAUAAGAUUUGCGAAGAGGCAGUAAUAAUUUAUAGGGCCGCAACGGGUGGUAGAGUUGAUGAUCCACAAGUUCCUCCUCAACCCUCUUCUUGUCAAACCCUCAAAUCCGUCAUUUCAAUCUAA